AUGCUUUGCUGGACCGAUGCGUACGCGAUCCAUCCAUCCAUCCACCGAUCCAUCCAUCCAGUGAUCCGAUCUGCUCAGCUCUACAUCUUCCCGGAGAACCACCACCCUCGUCAACAACAGGCCCGAUUCUCCUCGCAAUCUUCCAGCACAUCUCGACGAUAUCCACACACCAGUCGAGCCCGACUCGAUUAUCGUACCACUUGCCGCUCCAGCUGGCGUCAGCACAAGUCAUCGAAAAUGGUCACCACAAGCAACUCGCCCGCGCCGGCAACACCCACGCCUGCUUCUCGAUCCACCUCAUCGCGUAGCUCUCCCACCAAGCGUGCUUCCGCAUCGUCCACCUCGACUCCUUCAUCGCCUGCCGUGCGCCGACGCAAAUCCUCCGUCAUGAGCCAGAAAUCGCUCUCCAAGGAGCAGCUCGGCCCCAAGACCAAGCACUACGAGUUUGCUGGACCGUUUGGCGCCGCCUUUGUCUCGCUCACGGUGCCUUUCUUCUCCUACUAUCUCUACUUUGGUUGCUCCGAGAAGCUCGGCUGCGACCUCACGUUGCCCUUGCAAAGCCCCGAUGCGCUUCGCUCCCUCUUUGUUCAAGGUGUCAAGGACAGCCUGUUCGACACCACCGCCUGGGCGCUCUACGCAGCAUGGUACGCCUUCACGGUGAUCGCGUGGAUUGUGCUACCGGGCAAGGACUUUGAAGGAACAGAGCUCCGAACCGGUCAGCGCCUCCACUACAAGCUCAACGCCUUUGCUACGUUUGUCCUUGUCGUCGCCGCAUCGGCGGGUUACAUCUUCUACAACGGGCCCGAGAGCUUCACCAUCUUCUACCAGCACUGGCCCGGUCUCGUCUCUGCUGCGCUCUUCAACUCGUUCGCUCAGGCGGUCUACUGCUACCUCAGCUCGUUCGGCGAGGGCAAGCUGCUGGCUCUCGGCGGCAACUCGGGCAACGUGCUGUACGACUGGUUCAUCGGCCGCGAGCUCAACCCUCGUAUCGGCAACUUUGAUAUCAAGUCGUUCAACGAGCUCCGACCUGGCUUGAUCCUCUGGGCCAUCCUCGACAUCAGCUGCGCCUGCCAACAGUACGUGCAGCUCAAUGGUCGCGUCACGGACAGCAUGGUGCUCGUGUGCGCCUUCCACCUCUGGUACGUCGCCGACGCCCUCUUCAUGGAGUCGGCCAUCUUCUCCACCAUGGACAUCACCACCGAUGGCUUUGGCUUCAUGCUCUCGGUCGGCGACCUGGUUUGGGUGCCGUUCGUUUACAGUCUCCAGGCGCGCUACCUCGCCUUCCGUCCCGUCCACCUCGGUAUCGCCGGCACCGCCGCCAUCAUCGGUGUCAACCUCGUCGGAUACUACAUCUUCCGCGAGGCCAAUUCGGAGAAGAACCAGUUCCGAAACGGCACCAACCCCAAGAACUUGAAGUACAUGACCACUUCGACCGGACGCAAGCUCUUGACCUCGGGCUGGUGGGGACGUUCGCGACACCCCAACUAUCUCGGCGACUGGAUCAUGGCCUGGGCUUGGUCGCUCCCCUGUGGCUUCGCUACGCCGAUCCCGUACUUUUACGUCGCCUACUUUGCCGUCCUGCUUGUGCACCGACAGCUGCGAGACGACGAGGCAUGCCAGAAGAAGUACGGCAAGGAUUGGGACAAGUACUGCAAGCUCGUCCGCAGCCGUAUCAUUCCCGGUAUCUAUUGA